AUGAGCCGGAAGGCCAACCACGUGAGCCGGAAGGCCCACCACGUGAGCCGGAAGGCCCACCAAGUGAGCCGGAAGGCCCACCACGUGAGCCGGAAGGCCCACCACGUGAGCCGGAAGGCCCACCAAGUGAGCCGGAAGGCCCACCAAGUGAGCCGUAAGGCCCACAAAAUGAGCCGGAAGGCCAACCACGUGAGCCGGAAGGCCCACCACGUGAGCCGGAAGGCCCACCAAGUGAGCCGGAAGGCCCACCACGUGAGCCGGAAGGCCCACCACGUGAGCCGGAAGGCCCACCAAGUGAGCCGGAAGGCCCACCACGUGAGCCGGAAGGUCCACCACGUGAGCCGGAAGGCCCACCACGAGAGCCGGAAGGCCCACCAAGCCCACCACGUGAGCCAGAAGGCCCACCACGUGAGCCUGAAGGCCCACCACGCCCACCACGUGAGCCGGAAUGCCCACCAAGUGAGCCGGAAGGCCCACCAAGUGAGCCGUAAGGCCCACCAAGUGAGCCGGAAGGCCCACCAAGUGAGCCGGAAGGCCCAUCAAGUGAGCCGGAAGGCCCACCACGUGAGCCGGAAGGCCCACCACGUGAGCCGGAAGGCCCACCAAGCCCACCAAGUGAGCCGGAAAGCCCACCAAGUGAGCCGGAAGGCCCACCAAGUGAGCCGGAAGGCCCACCACGUGAGCCGAAAGGCCCACCAAGUGAGCCGGAAGGCCCACCAUUUGAGCCGGAAGGCCCACCACAUGAGCCGGAAGGCCCACCAAGUGAGCCGGAAGGCCCACCACGUGAGCCGGAAGGCCCACCAAGUGAGCCGGAAGGCCCACCUGGGAGCCGGAAGGCCUAUUACGCCCACCUGGGAGCCGGAAGGCCCACCACGUGAGCCGGAAGGCCCACCAAGUGAGCCGGAAGGCCCACCUGGGAGCCGGAAGGCCCACCAAGAGAGCCGGAAGGCCCAUCAAGUGAGCCGGAAGGCCCACCACGUGAGCCGGAAGGCCCACCAAGUGAGCCGGAAGGCCCACCAAGUGAGCCGGAAGGCCCACCACGUGAGCCGGAAGGCCCACCAAGUGAGCCGGAAGGCCCACCUGGGAGCCGGAAGGCCCACCUGGGAGCCGGAAGGCCUAUUACGUGAGCCGGAAGGCCCACCAAGUGAGCCGGAAGGCCUAUUACGUGAGCCGGAAGGCCCACGAAGUGAGCCGGAAGUCCCGCCAAGUGAGCCGGAAGGCCCACCAAGCGAGCCGGAAGGCCCGUUAAGUGAGCCGGAAGGCCCGCCAAGUGAGCCGGAAGGCCCACCUGGGAGCCGGAAGGCCUAUUACGUGAGCCGGAAGGCCCACCAAGUGAGCCGGAAGGCCCACCUGGGAGCCGGAAGGCCUAUUACGUGA